AUGGCUUGUGCUUCUACAAAAUUAAUUUCGAGUCGGAACGUAGUUCAUCUCAUGCUUCAACAAAAGAUAAUUCAAUUUACAAUGAAUAAAUCAUUACAAACGAAAGCAGAUAAACUUCAGAAACAUUUGAAUUCAGAAACCUCAUCAUUAAAUAGAAAAUCUUUGUGUUUCAACUUGUUGACUUAUGCUUGA